AUGGCAUUUGCUCAAGGUGUUAAACCUUCUUCUUCCAAUAAAAACUACGCAAUUGAAGUUUCAGUUUCUAUGUGUGGAGAAAAUGAAGAAAAAGGAUUUGGAACAUUUGGUAUUGGAAAAGGAGAUUUACAUUUUGAGAAUAAUAACAUCACAAACAAUAAAUGUAAGAUAUUUUCAUCAAGUUUUAUUGAACUUGAUGGAAGUUCAGGAACAUGUAAUUUCUCAACAUUUAGAGAAAACAAACAAAUUGAUUGUUCAUUUUAUUUUAACAGUGAAGAAGAAUCAUUAAUUCAAACAUUUUCUUUUUGCAAUGUUAUUGGAAAUAAAUGCAGGACUGGCAAUGAAACUGUUCUAUUUUAUUGUGAAAGCACAGUUAAAGUUGACUACUGCAUAUUUUUAGAUAACAUUGCAAAGUGCAUGUUUCGUCAAUCAAAAUAUGGUUGCGCAUUGACAAUUUCAGAUUCCUAUGUUGAAUCAAAUUCGACAAUAGGAUCGGGCAUUGAAUUUAAUAAUCUCAAAGGAAAUUAUGAUUUUAAUACUUAUACCCAUUUAUUCAAAGAAAAUUGUUUCAAAGGUUCAUAUAUAAUUUCGAUUAAGAUCUCCUACCUUUCAAAAUUUGCAAAGACUGCCACACCUGGAUUGCUUUCAUCACAAAAAUGA